AUGGAGGGCGGCUGCGCCGCGAGCGACGCGGGUGGGCUCUCUCCGAGGGCGGGGUCGCGCGCGCGCUCGCCCUCGACGCCGACGACGUCGCCGCCGCCGCCGCUCGAGCGCCCGUCGCCGUCGUCCGCGGGCUACGGCUACGUCGUCGGCCCGAACGCGAUCAUACACACCCCGGGGCCGCACGACCGCGUGCAAGCGAAGCGAUACGCGCUCAGCCGGCGGUGGCUCCUCGUCGACCGCGGCGGCGCGGUGUCGCUGCUGGAGGCGUCAAAGGCGGAGAUGCAAAAAGAGGCGAGGUCGCCGUAA